ACAUAGAACUGUUACAAAACCAAUUGGCUAUCCCUCCAAUAGAUUUUUUCUCUCUUGCCAAAAAUGGCGUGCAACUCAGGAACCUGCCAGUCCGGUUGUUACAGAGACUCCUCUAAUGAAGCAGAAGAACAUCCGCCAGUAAAAAUUGCAAAUGAAGCUCCAAACGACGUCGCUAACGGUAGAAAGAGCACCGAACAAUUAUCUAACUUCGUCUGUGUUAAAUGCAAGGUUAACAAAACCAUAGCCGCCGCUGCCUCCGCCGAUGGCGGUGGUGACUUUAUCGGAGGAGAUAGAGGAAGGUUCUGUGCAGAUUGCUUCCGCAGUAAUCUCUAUGGAAAGUUCAGAUUUGCUGUCACAUCUAAUGCUAUGAUUUCGCCGUCAGAUAACGUCCUUGUCGCCUUCUCCGGCGGUACAUGCUCCAGGGUGGCUCUGCAGUUUACACAUGAGAUGCAAAGCAAAUCUCAGAAGAACUUUGAUGCCAGUCCAGAUAGAGCAUUACCAGUUUUUGGUGUUGGGGUUGCUUUUAUUGAUGAAAAAGCCAUUUCUGCUGUCUCAUCUGAUGACUUUGAUAGAGCUAUUGAGAAGAUGAAACUUAUCGUGUCAGAUUUGGCUCCACCAGUGAAACAAUUCCAUGUAGUUCCAGCAGAGGCCAUUUAUUCGUUGAAAGCUGGUGAUGCAAAAGAUAGACUGAAUGAAUUAAUAAAUUCUGUUAGUGAUGUCACAGGAAAAGAAGACCUGUUAGAGCAUCUUCGCAUGCUCUCCCUACAAAAGAUAGCUCUUAAGCAUGGAUAUACCAAAGUUUUGCUAGGAACGUGUACAUCAAGAAUAGCUUGUCAUGUACUUGAAGCAACUGUCAAGGGUAGAGGUUACUCUUUAGCUGCUGAUAUCCAGUAUGUUGAUGCAAGGUGGAAGAUACCUGUGGUUCUUCCCCUCCGUGAUUGUCUUAUUCACGAGUUGAAUACGCUCUGCAGCCUUGACAGUUUGAUGACUGUAGAAGUUUUUAACAGAGCACGUGCUGGUAUCAAUGGCCUGGUCUCCUCAUUUGUAAAAUUGUUGCAGGAGGAAAACCCUUCCCGGGAAAGCACAAUCAUGAGAACAGCUGGAAAGCUAACACCUUUUCAUUUCAAUAGAAUGUCAGAGGACAAUAACUAUAACGAUCAGGUGGCAUCUCAAAGGAGGCAAAAGAAAUACAGCCUGAAAACUAACGAUGCCCUUCCUCCCGAGUUAUUCUGUCCUAUUUGCAGUAGUCCUCUAAAAAUAUCCACCUUCGGAACAUCAAUUAGUUUUGACAAUGCGAAAACUAGUCUCAAUGCGAUUGGGGCUGCAUGCUGUGCAAGUUGUCAGUUUCAGGUUCUUCCCAAGGACCCCUCAUCUCUGGAGCACUUCAUUUCUCUCUUGCCACCAUCAAUGGUUUCCCAAGCAGAGGAUGGUGAUCAUCUAAGUCAGAGACAGCUAAGGGAGCAAAUAGAAGACUGCUUGCUCUCGGACAACGAAGACUGAGCAUGAUCCUGCUGAUUAGUUUUGCUAAACAUCCGACUGCUUCAUUGAAACACAAUUCACGUUUUGGUCUCAAUGCACCAGUAUGUCAACUAAAGAAUAGUUUGUUACUAGAGCCCGUGAGGAGCAGGGAAAAUGGAAAGAUGUUGCUAUGGGUUUUGAGAUUAUGCUGAGGUUCUCAUUUCUAUAAAUAUCAGUACACCAUGUUAUGGUAGAGUUGGCCACUCGGCUGAUGCCUUGAUUUUUCAAUCUGUUUUAUAAGUGGGUUAUGUUACAGAAAAGCUAAGUAUGUUCUUUGGCCAACUUUUUUUAACUUUUCAUGCCCUUCAGUUUUAGUUUAGCGCCUAAGCUACAUUGCAAUGUUUCUCAGACACUUUUUACAUGUUGGAAGAUCACCUGCAAAGUGAAAAUGUUAGAUAAUACUC